GGGGAAUUGGUCAAUUUAGUAAUCAGCCAGGUGACGCAGGCGGUGGCAAUUUGUGGUCAGACAAGAAGGGUCGGACGGUCGGAUGGUCGGACCGCACCCCAGAGUUGAGAGUUAAGUGAUAUUAUAAAAAAAAAAAAGAAAAUUAAAAAACUAAAAUAUGUGGGGACUAAUUGUUGCAGCAGUUACAGUGGCGGUGGUAAAAAGUGAAGAGGAAGCAAUGAAAAAUCUAACCACAGUAAGCUGGGCUCAUGCUGUCAACAAUAAAACAUAUUUGGAAGCAGCUUUAGCAAGUGAAAUCUCAAUGCUUGAAGCGGAUAUAGUCCUAGGCCAGAUCAAUGGUAAAGAAGGCCCCCCUAUCCCGGUGAUGGCUCACCCCCCGGCCACAACCUCCGACCUGUCUCUCUCAGAGUUCCUCUCGUCCGUGGCGCAGUACAACAACGUGAACUCCAAGCAGAAAGGCGUGAAGCUCGACUUCAAGUCUAUAGAGGCGUUUGAGAAGUCCCAGGAUCAGAUAGCACUUUACAGUAAGCCUGAGAUCCACUUCCCCCUCUGGCUGAACGCAGACAUCCUCGCAGGACCAGUAGAGGCCACAACGAAGCCAGUGGACCCGGUCAAGUUCCUGACGCUGGGCGCAAAGCACCCCCGCUCCGUGCUGUCCAUAGGCUGGACUACCAAUUACGGGGGUAACAUCACCGAGGGUGAAUACAGCAGGGAGCAAAUUGGAGCAAUGUUGAGACUCAUACACGAGAACCACAUAAAUCAGACUGUCACUUUCCCUGUCCGUGCGGGCCUCGCGUCCAACAGCCAGCCAGUUGUACUGGACCUUCUCCGAGAGACGUCUUCCCUCAAUUCCUCGAUAACAGUGUGGUCCAGCGAGGGUGACGCUGUGGAGGUAGACCGGCUGAAGGCCCUGAUCCUCACGGUUGGACUUGAGAGGACGUACCUGGACGUACCACACGAAUUGGCAGCUAAACUACAUCUCCCGCCUGCCGCGAAUGUUAAGAAUUAAAAUGUAAAUUUGUAUACAUGGAA